CCGAGCAGUUCAGAGAUUUCUGCUCCUCUUGGCUGGGCGGAAGGGGCCCAAAGGGACCCGAAGCGUCGCGAAGGGACGUGAAGGGAAGAGAUUGACUUUCAAACAAGGAGACAAUACCAAUUCAAAACUCUGUCACAUACCCAUUCUAGGGGCAGAGGUAUGCAUGGAGUCAAUGCGGCUGGUGCUCGGCUUGCUCGUUGAAGAGUCACGUCUUGGGUGCCACACCUUAAGGCAUGGGAGCCCCUAGUAGCUUCUAGUUCUUGUUACUCUGUCGUACUAGUAGCUACUUGCUCCUGGUAGUACGGCCAGGAGCCCCAGUAGCAUCCUUGCUCCUAGUAGCGAUGCCAGGAGCCCCUAGUAGCUUCAUCACUUUCGUGGUGCUGCUUUCGCACCAUUUAAAGCUGAGCAGGGUGGGGUCUCUUGGCAACCCCUUGGAGCUCACCUGCGGAUGACAAGGGGCUGCUUUAUGGUCAACCUACUCUAGUGCACAUGUGCUCAUCCUGAAUACUGCAUGCAAAACGCCACAGACAGUAGCCCCUCAAUGGAUAGGCACCUGGCUAAGCCCCCCCCGCUUCAAUGUGUCAGGUUCACAUGCCAAAUGUCCCAGCAAAUACAUAUGAACCGGGAUCGUGAAGGGUGUACGUAGAAAGAGUGCUUCAGGUUGCAUCCAUGGUCUUAGAGUCCUACCUAUGGCCAUGCCCCUUUGUACAUGUCAUGUAUGUUUGUUUCCAGUGCAAGGAAGCACAGUUGCGAGCCAACUUGAAACACUGACUGGGCAGUUUUGGCUUGCUCGGCUUGUUGCGUUGUAGCUGUUGUCGCAGUGGUUGUUAAGAUGUCACCUAAGGUGUUAAGAAUGCAGCGCCUUGCCCACUACUGGAGCACACAGGGCCUGGCUCCUUUGAGCCACGCCUUGCCCCAGGUGCAGAUAUUCGUACGGAUCUGCCGAAGUACCAUGUUUGGCGCGAAGGACUGGCAGAGCAUGGGACUGCCAAUUUUCCAAGAACAUCCAAGAAAUGCAUAUUGUCAAGAUUUGUCAAGGGCCCUCGCCCAAUGCCAGCUGCAUCCUAUACUUGUCCAUGUUCAUACGUGAACAUUGAAAUGCUUGCCACAUCAGAAAGCUCUGCCUGACAUACUGCAGAAUGUAUUAGAUGAGCUAAGGAGACCUAAUCUCCCGUUAUCUCUCAUUUCUCUGCCGCCAUAGGUUGGUUGUGUGAUGGCUCAACCUUAGGUGCCAUGGAUCAAACCCAGGAGGCGCAGACGGGGCUGAGUCAGAGGCGCUAGUUGGUUUUUGUUGGAGCCUUGGAGGUCCUGUUUCUGGCCCAAACCUGCUGCCUGCUGCUUUCCGCAAGCACGGAGCCGGAUGCAUUCCGUGCUCAAAUGCCCAGGCUUGGGUGUCAUUCCCACGAAGCAAUUUGCCGCAGGACCCAGAGAAUUUGUUCUCCGAAAUGUUUGGCGUUGCUGACAAUCCCAAACCAGGGAACACGAGCCAUGAGCAUGACCAGCGCGAGGCAGACACAAGUGCAUCCAGCCCCAGCAUUGACGCAGUCACGCAUGGUUUUGAAAUUGAGCAGGAUGGCUAUGGUGCGUAGUCUGAGCUGAAAUAUCUGAUUUUGCGCUUGACAUCAAGAGGCAAGGGCUAUUCCCCGGGUCGAUAGCUUGGCAAGCGCGGUAGUGGGCUUUCAUGUGCACGAUGUUGGCACCAGAUCGGCAGGCUUGAUGCUAGGCCGCUAGGCCAGGUGCAGACCUGACUUGGAAAAGAGACGAGGUCAUAAGCGUUUGUACCCAGUUUUGGCCUACAAGCUCUAUUUCAGUCUUUGCUGUGAUUUGAAACACCUCCACGCUAGUGCCCAGGCAAAGCUGAACCAUCAAAUCCCAGCCACACAGUAUGGCCGCUUUUCGAAAUCGGCAAAACAAAAGACUUUACGCUUAGCAUUAAUAUAUAAUAUAGUCUUUUUGGAGGAUAAAUUUAAAACUCUCGACACUCGAACCUUGCUUAUCAAGUUACCUUCAAAUUGAAGGCCUUUCCAUUCAAGCCACGGUCAAAGGCCACACCUCAUCCACAGGCCUCGUGUGAGCGCAGUAAAGCUUGCAGAUUGUACUCGUACCGUGCCUACGUCUCAGUGCCUCUCCUGGCACGCGCCUUUUUAGAGAGGGGUGCGCGGAUCUGAUAGAUGGAGAAAGAAGCUUGUCCACCUGUUUUCGGUUUCCACGUCAGGUGUCAUGGUGGAAGAGCGUCAAGACGUUGUAGAUCUAUGUGGCAAUGAUAUGCAUGGCUUCUUGUUGGGCUGUUCCUUCACAUGGGAGGACCUUCUGGCAGAGGCUGAGCUGACCCCUCGGCAUGUUCAGGAAAGGCGAAAUGUGCCGAUGUUCAACACAUCAAUUACCCUCAGGAGCGCUGGCCCUUUCAAAGGUCAUAUGGUGGUGUCCAUGCGUCCGUAUCGUGAAGAAGAUGUUCCCAAAGUGGCCACGAUCACUGGUGAAUACCCUGCCGCGCAUGGCCCUCCUGUUCAAAUCGGACAUCCAUCAAGGAUCGGCAUUGAGGAUCUCGCGGUACCAGAUUAUGGUGACCCAGUAUCGCUUAGAGACGGAGAAGUUCCAGUGUUCUGGGCCUGUGGUGUCACACCGCAGAAUGCAUUGAAGAAUGCAAGACUACCUUUGGUGAUCACACAUGCGCCUGGCCGCAUGUUUGUUUGUGACGUCCGCAACCAUGAGCUGAAAGAUUGGCCGGUGCCUGGUGAGUGGUCAGCUCGCCCCGGAGAGUGAUCCAACUUGAGUCGCACGUGGACAAAGCGCCAGAAAAGAGGACUUGUAGCUGCUUGAUGGUCCUUGUACUCCAGAUUUAACGUUGCAACUUGAUGUCAAUGCUUGACCCUCAGUCAUGGCGGCGAAACAGGGGCAACUUGAUCAUGACAUCUGCUACCUUCAGCGCUGGCUAGCAGCACCAGAUCUCCAAAGAAGUGUGCCAAAACGCGCCAUUUUACUCAAACAUUUCAUACCUCAUACUCGACUUCUUUGAUGGUCAAGAAUGCAUUAUAUAGCCCAUCGGGACCUUUAAAGAACCGCUUUUCCAGAAUUGCCAAUCCCAAGGCCAUGC